AUGAUCUUCCCUCUAUCCCAGGCUUUUGCAACAUACGAGCGGCCCAACCCGAAAGCAUAUGCAAUGCGCCUCCCAAAGUUGCAAGUGUCAGCAAUGGCAUCCCUUUUAAGUUGUGCACUUACGAGGAGAGUUUCCCCGUCAAUAUGGUCUCGAAACCCGAGUGAUGUGCUUUCAAUUGUUGGGGGACACCGGUUCGCCGCUGUCAAAGCGCAAGGUGCUUACCGGCUGAAAAACAAAAAGACGCUCCCGAAGAAGUUGGGAGCAAAGAGGGUGGGAGAUCAAUAUGUUCUCCCAGGAACAAUCAUAUACAAGCAGAGAGGCACGCUCUGGCAUGCUGGGGAGAAUUCAAUACUGGGGAGAGAUCACACUAUACAUUCGGCCAUCGCAGGAUUUGUGAAGUACUACCGCGACCCAGCAAAACACCCAGAUCGUCAAUACAUCGGCGUCACAUACGACCGAAACGAUACACUACCAUACUCCCCACAGGAAGCUCGGAAGAGAAGGUUGGGCAUGACUGCUAUACCACGCAAAUCCAGUGCUGCUUUCGAAGUAUUAAGCAAGAGCGGUAUCCCGCGAAGGGUUAUACGGAAGGAGGGUGUUCUGGAGAUGGGUGGCGCAGUUACAGCCGAAGACCCGACAGCCGCAGCCGUUGAAGCGGCUGAGGCUGCUGCAGAAAUGGCAGACCCUUCUGCCGACGGAAAGAAAAAGGCAACCUCAAAGGCUAGUCGUGCGGCGCGACGCUGGAACGCAUAUGUGCGGACCAAGAGGUCGAGCCGGAUGCUUUACCUGGGGAAGAAUUACAGCUACCAAGAGUCUAAUUUCCAAAUUGGUCGACUCAUGGGUACGCACAAGGGGAAAACGCCAGGCACUCAACGAUAUGGCAGUCGCCGGAGCAUUCUACGCCACAGAAGGAAAAAGAGAGAUGAGCAGCUUCGUCAAGUCAGGGGGAUGGAGAGGCAGGAAAGGGAAUUGGCGCUUGAAAAGGGGCGACCCCGCAACAACACUGGAGCCACAAAGAAAUUCGAAGGAGGGAAGAAGCCUAAAAAGGGAAAGAAAAUGGCCAAGUGA